CUCUCUCUUUCUGAAUUGUCUCUCCACCCACUUUUGUAUCUUAAGUCAUUGUACCAACUGGACUGUCGGGUGUCUUAUUCUGUCCUCUUUUGUCACCUAAAGACCAGAAAUACUGUUUUGUUGCGUUAGAAGGUUGAGACUUUUUGUGUUGUCUUCACAAGUGGGAGGAGAGUGCAUACGUGUUAAGGAUAUCUCCAGAUGCGACGGUUGGAGUCAGAUUAAUUGAUGAAUGACAACAUCGCUUUUCAACAAACCAUUUGCGGAUUACAUUGACAGAUAUCGUUCCAGUUAAAUUAUUUUGAGAUUUAUACACUUAAUUACUACGACGACAAGUACUGAAAAAGUACUGAAUCGCUUCAGAAGUACAUUGCAUAAUAUUUUGGACUGUUACUUAUCAGAGUAAGCCUGUAAAGAUUAAAGUCACAUCUAAGACUUAAACGGAAGAAUAUUCACCGCAAUGUCGAUCGUCGCAGAUCUAGCUAAAGGAAACUCUAACGCAGGAAUGACGGAGUUUCAGGAGAAGAUGCGGCAGCAGCUGGAGAGCUCCAUGCACGGCGAGCUGGAGAAACUGCUCAGCACCAUCAAGGGUCAGGAGGCCGAGGUUUCCAAAAAGGACUUUGAAGGCUUCAAGAGGCUCUUCCACAGGUUCCUCCAAGUGAAGGGUCCACCCAUAGACUGGGCCAAGAUCCACAGGCCCCCCGAAGAUUCGAUCCAGCCCUAUGAGAAGAUCAAGGCCAGAGGCUUGCCUGACGGCAUCACAGCCAGCCUGAACAAACUGGCCGUGGUCAAGCUCAACGGAGGCCUGGGCACCAGCAUGGGCUGCAAGGGACCCAAGAGUUUGAUCAGCGUCCGAAACGAGAACACCUUCCUCGACCUGACUGUCCAGCAAAUUGAGCAUUUGAAUAAAACGUACAACACAGAUGUGCCUCUGGUUCUGAUGAACUCCUUCAACACGGACGAGGACACCAAGAAAAUCCUGCAGAAAUACACCCACCACAGAGUCAAGAUCCACACCUUCAACCAGAGCAGAUAUCCAAGGAUCAACAAGGAGUCUCUGUUGCCCGUGGCCACAAGCAUGACCCUGUCGGGGGAGAACUCGGAGGCCUGGUACCCCCCCGGUCACGGAGAUAUCUACGCCAGCUUCUAUAACUCCGGCCUGCUGGACAAACUGAUAGCCGAGGGGAAGGAGUACAUCUUCGUGUCCAACAUCGAUAACCUGGGAGCCACCGUUGACCUUCACAUUCUAAACCACCUUAUUUCUCAGCCCAGUAACAAACGCUGCGAGUUUGUCAUGGAGGUGACAGACAAAACCCGCGCUGACGUCAAGGGUGGCACGCUGACAGAGUACGAUGGGAAGCUCAGACUGCUGGAGAUCGCCCAGGUGCCCAAGGCGCACGUGGACGAAUUCAAAUCCGUCACCAAGUUUAAGAUCUUCAACACCAACAACCUGUGGAUUUCUCUGCCUGCCAUCAAGAGACUACAUGAGCAGAACGCCAUGGACAUGGAGAUCAUCGUCAACCCAAAGACUCUUGACGGAGGCUUGAACGUGCUUCAGCUGGAGACAGCUGUAGGUGCCGCCAUUAAAAGUUUCGACAACGCUCUCGGAAUCAAUGUCCCCCGUAGCCGCUUCCUGCCCGUUAAGACGACCUCUGACCUCCUGCUGGUCAUGUCCAACCUCUACCGACUGGAAGCUGGGUCACUUACCAUGAGUGAGAAGAGAGAGUUUCCCACAACUCCCCAUGUCAAACUGGGCAGCUCCUUCACCAAGGUUCACGAUUACCUGCGUCGGUUUGAGAGCAUCCCAGACAUGUUGGAGCUGGAUCACCUGACUGUGUCUGGGGACGUCACCUUCGGAAAACAAGUGACACUAAAGGGAACUGUAAUCAUCAUUGCCAACCACGGAGACCGGAUCGACAUUCCGGCCGGAGCGGUGCUGGAGAACAAGAUCGUCUCAGGAAACCUGCGUAUCCUCGACCACUGAGGCCUUCACCACAACACACAGACAAACAAACAAACAAACAAACAAACAUACAUCCCACAGACUCGUCAUCCUGCAGUCCUGCAACUCGCUUCCCGUUAUCAACGCGUUACAUUAUGGACCUCUGUCCAUUGAGCCUCUCUGUGUGAAGAAUACCGCCCUACGGAACAUCAAACUAUGUCUUCGCAUUGCAUCUCCAUCUGGAUCUGACACUGCUAUGCCGUUGAGUGGCCUUUAAGUUGUACACUGUCCAGAUGGUUCUGCCUGUUCUGUAACUGUCACUGUGAUGCAGACGCUAUAGGGGUGAUGUGUUGAAGACAGUUUGAAAUUUGUCAGCUCUGUUACACGAGUGCUCUGUGGCUCUCUCUCUCUGGGACUGUUACGCUUGCAUAGCAGAAACACCAGUAAAAAGUGCAAUCCGA